AAAUGGCGAAGCCUCACCUACAAAUACCGCUAAUCGUCUGAGGAUUUUUCCCCAAAGUCUUAGUAUCACAACUUCGACCGGAAAAUCUCUCCUUCUGAUUCUCUUUGCCUGACCCUCCGUAUCUGUUGAUUAUGGCAAAUCAAGCUGAAUCGUCAGACUCCAAAGGUACGAAGAGAGACUUCAGUACCGCCAUUUUGGAGCGGAAGAAAGCCCCAAAUCGGCUUGUUGUCGAUGAAGCAAUCAACGAUGAUAACUCGGUGGUCGCGCUUCAUCCUGAUACCAUGGAGAAGCUUCAACUCUUCCGUGGGGAUACGAUCCUCAUCAAGGGUAAGAAGAGAAAGGACACAAUAUGCAUUGCUCUAGCUGAUGAUACAUGUGAUGAGCCUAAAAUAAGGAUGAACAAGGUUGUGAGAAGCAAUCUUAGGGUUAGGCUUGGUGAUGUUGUCUCUGUGCACCAAUGUGCUGAUGUUAAGUAUGGAAAGCGUGUACAUAUUCUUCCUGUGGAUGAUACCAUUGAAGGAGUUACUGGAAACCUUUUUGAUGCGUAUUUAAAACCCUAUUUCUUGGAGGCAUAUCGUCCCUUGAGGAAGGGUGAUCUCUUCCUUGUGAGAGGGGGAAUGAGGAGUGUAGAGUUCAAGGUUAUUGAGACCGAUCCAGCUGAAUACUGUGUGGUAGCCCCAGACACUGAGAUCUUUUGUGAAGGAGAGCCUGUGAAAAGGGAGGAUGAGGAUAGAUUAGAUGAAGUUGGUUAUGAUGAUGUUGGUGGANGUGAUUGCAUAUUGCAGUCGACACGACAAUUAUUGAGUACACGUUAA